AUGACGCGCCGCUUAUCAGUGUUAUCACCCCUCCAGCCUCGCACCUCGUGCCGCGGCCAGUCGCGCGCCCACGCUCGUCGCAGGCGCACGUCGCGUCCCGCGUCCCGCGUCGCUCGCGUUCCCGUCACUGUCACCCCACGCGCGCUACCCCUCCCCACUUCACUUCAUCACAACACAACCAAACAAGCAUGGUACCACUCUCGCUGCGUGCAGAAAGACCAUGUGUUAUCCCGAAUUAUUGCUGUGUAGUGCCCCGUAGUGUUUGAACUAGUUUUUUUGUCUCUCAGUGUCUAUUUAUCGGUAUUAGUGUUAUAAUGUUAGUUACAUGUAAGGAUAGUUUAGUGACUACGUAGCAAGUGUCGCGUCUGCGAUGUAUUCUUUGACGUUCUGUGACGUUUGCGAAUGAUGUAACCAAUAGCGGACGCGAUACGUGUAUAGUGUUAGUGCAAAGAUUAUGCGACAGAGACGCAUUAUGUUUUGUGGCGGGUAGUUAGUGGUGCCGCGAUGUCUCUGCCGAUGAAGAGGUCGUUCAGCUCGGAGGGCGGCGCGUCCUCCAAGCGCGACUGGAAGAUGCGGCUGAGUCUCCGGAGCCGCAGCGGGCAUAGCGUUGAGGCGCUGCGCGGGCGCCGGUGCGCAUCGCUGCGCUCCGCGGCGACGCCGGUGCGCGCGGGGGCGGAGGACUCGGGCCGCAGCACCCCCUCCGCCGCGCACCGCGCCUCGCCCUCCCCCGCUGAUACCCCCGCGCCUAAGAAAUCCAACUGGGAAGUCAUUGAACACUUCUCUUCUAGUAAGAGCAAGAGAAGCCCCACUGCUGUGGAAGCGGAGGGCGGGGCGGCAUCGUCGUCGCCCGCUCUGCCGCUGUGUCCCGCCGGCCGCCCCGACGCUGACGUGCAGCCACUGCUCACUGAUGAAGGUCAGGCGGAGGGGGGCGGUGGAGCAGGUGGGGCUGAAGACGAUGAGGAGCAGGACUCGGGCUGGUGGGGGCAGUGCAUGAGCACCUGCCCCGCCCCCGUACAGGAUCUCUGCACCUCCAACCGAUUUGACAACCUUCAUGUGGAAAUGCUGUACCAGCGUUAUUUCCUCCGCAUGAACCAGACUAACAUGACGCACCUGCUGGGUCUGCUGCUGGCAGUAGCUGUCGGCCUCAUGGCUGUGCAGAUACAGACGCUGCUGGUGGCACAAGGCCUGCUCAGCCAGGCCGAGGCCCUCAACAACACCUAUAUGGACAACUUUAACCGUGACAGCCUACAUGACCCUCACCGCUACAUGAACGUGACGACCAGCCGUUACCACGAGGCGCUCGCGGCUAUCAACGCCACGCAACACGAACGCCUCAUGUACGAGAAGGAGAGGGUCGCCCACAUCGUUAACAUCAUCAUCCUCGGAAUUACUGCUCUGGUUUACGCCUGCUUACUGGCGUGCCUGAGCCGCCCGGCUAUGAACGAAAUCUACCUGCUGACCAUCUCCUACGUGGUCCUUGUGACCUUCCUGCUUAUCGAACUGGCUCUCACCGGCACCUCCGUGCUGCGCUCGCUGAGCAUCAGCACCGGCGCCUGCGCUCUGCUGACCUACGCGACGUACGCGACGCUGCCGGUGCGGCUGCACGAGGCCACCGUCGCCGGCCUCGCGCUGGGCAUCGUCAACAUCGGAGCCCACCUCAUGCUGGACUAUGCUGCUGAUGUGCACCAAAUCUACUGCUCCGUGGCGACCUUGAUCGCGUGCAACCUGGCCGGCAUCAUGACCCAUAACCCUCGGGAGCUGGCUCAGCGGCGUGCCUUCUUGGAGACGCGCGACUGCGUGGAGGCAAGACUUGUGACGCAACGAGAGAAUCAGCAACAGGAGCGUCUCCUGCUGUCGGUUCUCCCGCGUCACGUUGCCAUGGAGAUGAAGGCCGACAUCGCCAACCAGCCGCGCCAGGAGCAGUUCCAUAAGAUCUACAUCCAGCGCUAUGAGAAUGUCAGCAUCCUGUUCGCUGACAUUUGCGGCUUCACCUCGCUAUCAGACCAGUGCACCGCUGAGGAGCUAGUCCGCCUUCUCAACGAGCUCUUCGCCAGAUUCGACCGCCUGGCAGCAGAACACCACUGCCUCCGCAUCAAGCUGCUGGGUGACUGCUACUACUGCGUGUCGGGGCUGCCGGAGGCGCGCGACGACCACGCCAAGUGCUGCGUCGAGAUGGGGCUGGACAUGAUCGAUGCUAUUGCGCUGGUCCGCGAGGUGAUGGCCGUGAACGUGAACAUGCGCGUGGGCAUCCACACGGGCCGCGUGCACUGCGUGGUGCUGGGCCUGCGCAAGUGGCAGUUCGACGUCUGGUCCAACGAUGUCACCCUCGCCAACUACAUGGAGAGCGGUGGCGUGGCUGGACGCGUGCACAUCACGAAGGAGACACUGCGCUGCCUGGGUGAUGACUACAAGGUGGAGCCGGGCUACGGCGGACUGCGCAACGCGUACCUGAAGGACCAUAACAUCGAGACCUUCUUGAUUGUGCCUGAUGAUACCAGCCGUGUUGACAAGAAGCCACAGCACUCGUUCUCGCUGAACGGCAACGUGUCCAAGGAGAUGCGCGUCAUGGGACACGGCUCGCAGCACGGCAAGCAUUCAUCCAAUAGGAUCGGCGUGGACUCCGGCAAUGAGAACAAGAAGCCAGAAGACGAAGUGAACGAGUACCUGAUGAAGGCGAUCGACGCGCGCUCCACCGACCGCCUGCGCGCCGAGCACUGCCGCCCCUGCACGCUCACCUUCCGCGACUCCAAGCUCGAGCAGAAGUACACGGCGGAACGCGACCGCAUGAUGAAGGUGUACUUCAUCUGCACGCUGGCCAUCUUCCUCGCCGGCACCGCCCUGCAGUUCCUCGCCUACAACCUGUCGCCUCUGGGAAUUGCCACCAUCAUCGUUGCUGGCAUCAUCAUCUCUUCAUUGACGUACCUGAUCAUCUGCCUGGACUUCGAGCACGCGAGCGCCCGCCUGCGUGAGAUGUCCCGCGUCGUGCACAACAACCGCACGCUCUCGCAACUGAUGUCCUUCAUCGUGGUCACCAGCUUCAUCGUCCAGAUCCAGGUCGUCAUGGGGAUAUAUGAGGCCAGCUUGCAGGGCUUGCAGGACACCAACGCCACGCUUAGCCGCCAGUCUGACUUCCAGCACUGCCCCUUCGAUCAGAACGAGCACUACUUGCAACUGACCCUGUUGGCGAUGUUCCUGUGCGCCGUGCACCAGAUCCUCAUCACGAUGGUGAAGCUGGUGCUACUGGCGCUCACGUGCGCUGCCUACGUGGCCGUCACCGCGCACCAGCACAUGCUGUUCAAGGACCAGUUCUCUGACUACCUGCUUCGAUGCGGGCUGGACUGGAACCAGCAGUGGACCAACGUGGUGAUUGCCCUAGGCGCGACCGUGGCGCUGCUGCUGCACUCGCACCAGACCGAGAGCACCUACCGCCUGGACUUCAUCUGGAAACUGCAAGCUAAUGAUGAGAAGGAGGAGAUGGAACACCUGGAGGCGUACAACCGCAAGCUGCUGGCGAACAUCCUGCCCGAGCACGUGGCGCAGCACUUCCUCUGCAGCGACAAGAACAUCGAUGAGCUGUACCACGAGCAGUGCGAGUCUGUCUGCGUGAUGUUCGCUUCCAUCCCGAAUUUCUCCGAGUUCUACGUGGAGCUGGAGGGCAACAACGAGGGCGUGGAGUGUCUCCGACUCCUCAACGAGAUCAUUGCUGACUUCGACGAGAUCCUGGCGGAGGACCAGUUCAAGUACAUCGAGAAGAUCAAGAGCACUGGUGCUACGUACAUGGCUGCUUCGGGUCUAACAGCUGCCACCCGUGACCUCCGCGGCUUCCGUCACGUGACUGCGAUGGCGGACUACGCACUGCGCCUUCGCGAGCAGCUGCAGUAUGUCAACGAGCACUCGUUCAACAGCUUCCGUAUCCGCAUCGGCAUCAACAUUGGGCCGGUUGUGGCUGGCGUGAUUGGCGCCCGCAAGCCGCAGUACGACAUUUGGGGCAAUGCCGUGAACGUGGCCUCGCGCAUGGACUCCACUGGACUACUCGACCACAUCCAGGUGACGGAGGAGGUGUACGAGAUCCUGUCGACGCGAGGCUACAAGCUGCGCUGCCGUGGCAUGAUUGACGUCAAGGGCAAGGGCAAUAUGGUCACGUACUUCCUGGAAGGCGUCGGAGAGACCACCCUUCCCGGUGCCAAGGACAUCUAUAAUAACCCGCAGCCAUCGACAUCUGGCACUUGCCAUGAGCAUGGCAACCAGGAGACCUCGUGCCGGCCGGAGCACCGCCCUCUAGAGACCCUCUCUGAGGGCCACACUGAUGAGGACGGUGGACCAUCUCCCCGCGCAUCCAUCCCCCGGGACACGGGGUCGGCGAGCCCCAAGCUGCCGAACGGCGGGUCGUCGUCGCGCGAGAGCCUGGCGCCGGCGGUGCGCGCGCGCGUGUUGCGUCGGCUCGAGCGCCCGCUGUCGCUGGCCGACCAAGCCGGCCUGCCCACGCUGGCGUCGCUGCUCAACUCCAAGGCGUACUCCACGCACUUCGACACCAGCUUCCACGUGUGCGAGACCGCCAAGAUGUCCUCGCUGGGCGACGUCAAGCGCGGCGUGGCCGAGUCGCGCAGCAGUGGCGAGAUCGAGGCGCUCCUGGAGGGCGCCGGCCCGCGCCGCGCCGCCAGCCUAGCCGACUUCCUCUUCCGCCGCAAGCACGCCAAGCUCGGCCCCGCCACCGUCAACGUCAUCGAGAACCCGAUGACUGCCAUGUACGAGUACGCAGACGCGACGCCGGCGCAAGAGGACCCCUUGCCCGGCUAAGCUGUGUGCCCUCGGAUCUGACGCCUCGGACUGACGCCCCGGAUUGACGCCACUCGGCGCCGAGCCGCGGUCGUGGCUCCGUGUCGGCACGCGGCGACGCGUACUCACGCGCAGCAUUUUUGUACGUUUUAUAUUUAUCGACUGCGCAUGAGUACCGCCUCCGGGCGCCAUCUGUAUAUAUGUAGACACGGCUCUGCGGUCGCUCCUCUACAAAGAGUCGGUCUCAUUGUCAUGAUAAUGGGAUUUGAGGAAUCUUCACCGCUGCUCCUCUGGCUGGUUUCGAAGAAGAUGCUUUAGAUGGAAUCUAUGUCGAUGUGUAGUUUAAUUAAAUUUUAUAGAGAAAAUCAAUUAGGAAUCAAUUUAAUUGGUGGCAUGAGACCAUCUCAGUUGUUUAAUAAAACUGCACAGUGAUGUAACAGUUAUUAUUUGAAUUGUGCAAGAGCUGGCAGCCUGGGAGCUGCCUGGAGCCUCAACAACCAUUGUCAAGUCAGCGCCCCCUGUGACAGACGUGUUCCCGGAAUAUUCCCCACCAUUAAGACUGAACGUCGCCGGGAGGUGCGGCGCCCCCGCCCCGCGCCUCCCGCCGCUUCACCGCACUUACCGCUGAGGAGCCUCGCGCUCACACUAUCUCGACACCACCUGACAGAGUCUAUCGGACACAGUCCGACAUCCCCGGACAUACACACAGCACGCCGGGAACCGGCGACCGGACCCGGCCGAACUUGCACUUGGAUGACGUAAUGGAUACUGUUGUUGGAUUGAGGCGUACCGGACGCGGUUCCCAAGGUUGUGACCUCGCUCACCGCUCUGCUGCGUCAGAGCCAACUAAACCUAAGUGCAUAGUUAAGGAUUGCGGUUGUGUACAUAGUAGCUAGGAGAGUUGGGGCAUACUCGACGAGUUUGUCGCCAACUUACGGUUUUAUCGUUGUUCUCAUUAAUACAUACAAUCUGGUUUCGUAGUCGACUUACUUAAUGCAAUCUUCAGAGAGACUGUCAUGUUUUAUGAGUCAUAUUAAGGUGCUGUACCCAGGACAGAGCGCUCGGCAGCAACGCGAUAUAUAUAUUGAACAUUAGGCACACUCCUGAGUUCGCCGGCACCCACACUCACACUAGCGUAGGUUUAAUCAAGUGACGAGCUUAUAGUAACUCCUAGAGUAAGACGUGAUAGUAGUGUGAGAGUCCGCCGCGGUGCGACGUCUUGGACUCUAAGCUUUAAUUCACUGCGCUCCUUUCGGCGGACGGAUCGACGGACGAACGCGUCGCUCGCUCGGGCGACUGUACAUAUUUCAAUCAAAGAUUUGGUGCUUUUGGAGGUUAAGACUUAAAGUUUGUAACCUAGAGGGGUGUAACCUUUAAAAUUGUCUUUUGUAAGCAUGGUGUAAUUAAGGCUCUCAAGUUCCAAGGCAUAGUCUCGGCCACCCCAGCCGUACCGACUAUUAAUCUCAAUGAUUUAAGAACUGAUUAAAUGUAUGGCAUGUAUUUUAGUUUUUAAUAUGUUUUUAAUAUUGAUAUUAAGUCCUGGAUACAGGACUCUGGUAUUUAGCUGCGAUGCUGAAGUUUAGUAGCAAAAGGUUUCUCUAGGGCCUGCCCCGCCCCCCGCGGCGCCCGCGCUCGCCUUGCAAGCCUGCAGAGCGUUCGCGGACGCGGCGUGUUUUCCUUACGGGUAAUGUUCGUAUUACAACCAAAAAUAGUAGCCAAAUAUAUUAACGUAUACGAUUACUGUUUUAUCAUAUUAAAGUAAUAUUAAUAGAACAAAUUGAGGCACAAGUUUAUGGUAGUUAUUGGCGGUGGCGCGGCACUCCGGCACAGCGAAGGCUUGGUGAGUUGCACAGCUGGUACUGGGGCGCUCGGUAAAGGCUGCGUCUGGAGGGUUCUGCCGGGCCGGCGGCUGGUGGCGUCAGUUGCUGCGCUGGUACUCGGAUGGUUGGUAAAGGUUGCGUCUCGUGUGAGCCGGCCCGGCUGCGUGGGUCUGACAGUUGCACACUGCUGGAGAUUUGGACCGCGUCGGUAAAGGUUGCGUGAUGCGUGCUGCGAGCUGAGUGCGGAGUGCGAGCGGCAGCCGGGAUGCCGCGCCACUGCUCACGUCGUUGUGUAGUUCCUCCGCUCUAAGCUGAGCCCUCCCCGCUCUAGUGUCACCGUGUCUCCCCCCCAAUGCAUAAACUCUCACCGACCAAGCUCCGGGUCCAAGCUUAUAUACUACAAUGUUUUCCUACCUAACUUUUAAUAUAUAAAUUCGUAUUUUAGUUUAAUAUAAGUUUCAGCACCUGUAUGUGAUAAGCGGUUCCGCUAGGAGCACUGGGGCUCUCACUAGCUUGCGUGUAACGCCGAUGAUGUAGUGCACACACACACACACAUAGACACUAGGCCCGUGUGCACUAGUGUGAGUCCCUGGCGGAGUCAUGUCAUCGAGCACUCGUUGAUUUGACCUUGAUUUACUGUGAUGAAACGAAAUUAUUUAAAAAAUAAGACAACGUUUUCAAAUGAAAUUCUAGCAACGAUGUUUUUGAGAGCCCAUUUUGUUAAUUACCACUGUUGUACUAUAGUUAUUAUAAUAAGUGUAUCUUAAGUACGUAUAUAUUUACACUCUUACACAUUUGGCUAUUUACAAAUUGAGAUCCUUCAUAUUUUGGGCUAACUAUCCGGACCCUAUUUCUCUUCGUAUGUUUAAUUCGUAGGACAAAAAUUUAAGGUAUUUUUCGAUGUCGUAUACCUACUUAGUAUUAAUAUAAUUAAUUAACAAUUAGAAGUUUGUGCCAAGCGCGACCUCGUGUCACUUGUUACUAUUACACUAGCACUUGCCUCCACGCCCCGCCCGAACAAGCAGCCUAGCAUUAUCGUUCAAUAUUAAGUUUAAAUGAUUCGGUGAGUUGGUCAAUUUAAUAUAAGUUUUAUUUUUAGUAUUUUUUUAAUGUAGAGAAACCUAAUAAAUGACCAAAUGAGUGAUGUUUAGUUUGUGUAAUACAGUAAUUAAUUAACUAAUUAGUAUGAGUUAAUCCGUUCAGGCCGGUGGACGCGACGACGCUUGUCAUCAAUUGAAUUGGUCUAGUCGUGUUUUAUAGGAACAUAUUCCUUAGUCUACAUUAAGAAAGCUUGGGGUCGUGGCAUACAUAUCAACUCUUAAAAGGAUCGUCAUUGCAUCAACUCGAGCCGGUCAGUAUUACUUGUAUGGAACUCCCUUCUGUAUGGGAGUACGGGAAUCGUAAGUUAAACUUCUCAACGCGGAACAGUUGGCCGAUUCAUAGUUUUCGAGUUCAUAUGUGAUCUAAGACCUUUAUACAGCUGCGUCUGUAUCAAUAAUCAGGCAACAAAUAAGAUUGCUCCGGAGCUAGGCAUCGUUGCGUCUACCUCGCCUACCACAGCUUAAUGUAACCGCCUUUUAGAACACCUGGUCUAUAAGUCUCCCGCGUACGUUGUCAAUGUAAUACUCAAUGUAAGUGGCCCCCUCCACCCCCCGAGCCUAUCCCCGCUGAGUCCCGCGAACACCGCUUGUCCACCGUCUCUGAUACAUGUCACUCAAUUAGCAGGAGCCAUAUCACUCCGCAAAACUCCAUCGUAAGGAUCUUCACGGUGCAAGUAGCUUGCGCAUAUUGAAGCCCAUGCGUAAGUUACAUGCAUUUUAAAAACGUGCGGGUCCAGAGACUCGCGCAUGUACCAAAGCAAAAUACCCACCCGCGUGCUCUUGUCACUUGCGCAUGUUAACUGGCUCCAGCUACAUGCACCGUGUAGAAAUACCCUUGGUGAUGAUAUUCGUAUCACUAGCAAAUAAUUUUCAGGCUCAGAGUCCACCUAAGCAGAGCAAGGCUGGGAAGUUCUUAAACAGCCAAUAGAACAUCGUUAUUCAAACAUCUUGUGUACGCUCAAUAAGUGGAAUCUCUGAGAGGAGAAAUUCUAAUGGUUCUUUAAAAACUACUACUCUCCGCUUUGGUGAAGUUGUGACCUGAUGGUUUCAUAAGAUCUUCAAACCUCGGGAAAGUUAAAAGAGUUAUUGGUCCUGUUGAUUGAGCGAUGUGUACCAGGAGAGCCCUAGCGCACUGCGUCGCGUACUUGGAACCUAUAUCACUGAUAUCCGCAACAACCAUCUUUAGAUUAUGAUCAUCUAAAAUGUUCCGAUGUAUCCUCACGAAAGCAGGUAGGCCAUACUAGUCUGUGUAAAAAUGCAUGCAUAUUAUCCUCAUAUGCGUAAAGUCAGCAGCUCUCAAUAUUGGUCAAGUCGCCUAGUCCUGCAAUGAUGAUAUGCAUGUAUAUUUACGCACACAAGUAUGAUUCACCCGCGUUCUGGAUUUGUGACGUAUCUAACGCUUAGAAGCUGAAUCUUUAUUCGGUACUUUCACAAAAUAUUAUGUUGAAUGUUCAGAGUUCAAUAGGAGACGUCAAUAGCGGCCAUAGUACAGAUUCCAAGUUCGCUAACGUGCUAACCGAUUUAAAGUUUUGAUCGGUCCAUUUCACUAUCUGAGCAUUUUUUUCCCGAUUUGGAUAAAAAGCAGUGCGUCAAAGCUCUAAUACUAGUUUAAGCUUUUCAUUGUACAAUCUACGACAUAGAUCAUAAUAAUAUAAAAUAAAAAUAAACGUAAUGUUAUUUGGAUACUUCUCGAAUAAGUUUCUAUGCGUGUUGAUGCUUACUAGCGUUAGUCCGUACAUCGGGAAAUGUACUAGCAUUCUGGUACUGAGGAAAAUUGAACAGAUUGAGUGAAUGCGGGAACAUUUGGGUCACGGCAGCUAUAGGUUUAACCAACUCGAUGUAGCACCAAAAACAGCUGUCAAAUUAUGCACUAGUGAAGUCUCACUUGCAUACUAAGAGCUGUACAGUUUCAGCGGUCACGUGACCAGAGUCCUAACUUUCUUGUUAGGAAGUUCCGUUGGGAAAUUGUUGGGAAGUUCUUGUUGGUUUUCCGUUCUUGGAGAGUUUAACCAACCGGAUAAACUAUAGCCGUGCCUUCUCGUAUGAGUAGGUACUCUGCAGUCUAAUGCUUGCGUUUGACAAUUUUGUCAUGUGCGUGAGUUGUUUUCAAGAUCGAAAGAUAUGAAUGAGUGUCAUCAUUUGUAAGGUCAGCCAAACUUUCUCGCACAUAGAUUGUUGGUUAAGGGGCUCCGGUUUGUUAUAUGCUCUAAGAUGGUUAAGAAUGAUUAUCGAUGGCAGCUCAGUCUACGACUACGCCCGUUUCGUCACACGCUACAUGUGUUCUUCUCUUUAGACUACUGUUUAAACAUAUUGACGUCGUGUCUAUUAGUAGCAUACGAUAUAAUAGAUAAUUAAUUAAAACAUUAAAACCUACUCGUGAAGACUUCUUUGAUUUGUUUAAGUUAAGCAGCAGGCCUAAUCUCAGCCGUACUUCACAGUAUACAACGACCACGGAAUUCGUAACUUUGUCCUGCAAACUGUAAUCGUUAGAUAUCGGAUUAUAUGCAAAUGCAUAAUCUUGCGUCACUGCAUAUUUCGGUAGGUAUUAUGAUCAUUAAUCGUGCAAUCAGAAACAAAAUGAUUACUUUGUAUUUUGAAUUAAAAACGUAAAACUGAAAGCCAAUAUUUAUAUGUAUAAAAAUUAAAAGACGUGAACUAAAAUAAUAGGUAACUAGUAUUAUGACAGUAUUGUUUGUAUGAUUAUUUUGUCAGUAUUUAGUGCAUAUAAACCGAUGUCAAUUAUUUUAAUAUAUUUGUGUCCAAAAAGAUGUCGAAAUACAUAAAUUAACUUGAUAUUAGGUACCUAUAAGCAUACAUAACUGCAGUAUUGUAUUCAGUAUUUACCGAGCACAGGUAGCCCUUUAAAGGUAAGCGUUCACAGGCACGCGUCGCAAGUAUCAGACGCAUCGCACGUAACGGAUUUUACCUUGCCUUGUAUAAGAAUUCAUACAACGGACUGAUCCGCACGUGUGGACGACUCAGAUACACAGCUAUGCUAUAAUGCGAUACGUCCGAUACGUGCGAUGCGCGCCUGUGGACGCUUACCUUAAAGCUUCGAUACCGAAUCAACUUGAACCCGUUGGUAACACUCUGUUGUAUACUGUGACCGCCUUUUAAUGUACUUACUUACGUAAUAGAUUUAACUUAUUCUUUAUACUAUUCAGUGGUUAUAUUCUACUUUAAUUGCCCAAUGUCUGGUGUUUGGCGAGCCAUGAACAUCUCAAUGUAUGUAGAUAGAUAAUAAUGUCUGAUGAUGAAUAAUCAUGGAAAAGUAUACUCUAUGUAUGUAUUUAUUAUAAGAAGUGUAAAGCCCCCAUUGUAGUUCGCAAUUAAAGUAAGAGUAACUGCAUUCUGUAAUUAAUUAUAAUUUGCAACGGCACUAAAUGUGGAAGUUUAGCGGCUGAGUGAUAUUAGCAGUAGAACCUGUCAAGUUGCAUUUUGAAAGCUAGCUGCCAACUGCAACUGCCGACCGCACUUGCAGCGACUGCAUGACUGCCCGUGCUGCUGCCACUUUCAUCCAAAACCGUUUCAUGUACCUAAAUGCGUACAAGGAGUCCUGCUGCGGUCAACUUCAUGCAGUUCUUCACGGCAUGACGGUCGGCACUUGCAGUCGGCAGCAUUCGAAACAUACCUUAAUAAUGUAAGGCAAACUCCACCAAAGAAAAUACAGUUUUUUGCACAACCAAUAGAAUUUGUUUUCAAUGGGAAAAUACCACUGAGAAAUGAAAUUGUAUUGUUUGUUCAAAAACUCUGCUCCGCGCUACUCGUCUUUUCUUUCAUGGAGUCUGGGCCUAAUACCAGCUGAUGCGAGCCGUUUCGAACAACUUUAUGAUAAUAAGCAAUAUACGCCUAGCGUCAGGGAUGUCCUCUAUUGAUAUCACUCAGUCUGUUGAGUUCCCGCGGUGAUCGUGACUGCAGAGUUUGCAAACUACGUCCGACAAACACCUAGGAUGCCGCCAGCCGUGUGCUCCCCAAUCGCAUUGGUGAUCAGAAGUGCGAGUGCGAGAAACUGUGAUGGUCAAGUGUGAGAGAUAUGAUCACCAAUGCGAUUGGUCAUGUGUGGGUCUGGCGUUGACCAAAGGUCCGUAACGAGCAAGUACUGCACUACUAGUUUAGUAGAACCUAUGGUAGGUCUGAUAUGAACUUUUGACCUGGUAGGUAUCGGAAAAAUUCUCGAUAUAGCGAACACUGAAGUCACGAUCAUUGCCCAGUUUUUUUAAUUAACUAUUUGUAAUUAAAGUUACCUUUAACGUUUCAAUUUUAUGAAUAGUUGUAUAUUUAUCACGGUUUCCUUACGUUAUAAUCUGAUAUUUGUAAUAAAUGGUGUUAUGUGUAACGAG